ACAAAUUUCGCACGGCGCACAAAGAAAAUAGUCCGCGCUCGCAGAGACACGACGAUCACUUCGAGAAACGUGACACUCGUGACAGUAGUUUUACAACAUUUGUGAAAUUCACGGCGGGGUCUAAAGGAAGUAACCGAUCGGUACAAAUCGUACGUCGAGCAUAUUAAUGGUCAAGAAAUACGUGUAUACGUAGGCGCGAGAAUAUCAAAAGGAGUUGAUAUUACUACGCCGCACGUUGUGGAAGGAAGCAGAAAUCGAGUACUAGCAGGAAGUGGGUAGAAGGGGGUACGUCGUUGAGCUAGUUGAUUCGGUGGUGGCUACAUGUGGCUGUCCGCCGGUCGCGACAACGAGACAUUUCCUAUUGAGGCAUAAAAAGUUACAUUUUCCAACGGAAAUCGAUAGUUGAAAGAAGCCGUAAUCAUGCAAAUGGAUCCAACGACGGUGCAACUUAUCCAGGUUCUAGAGAGAACAGUCUCAUCAGAUAAAAAUGAAUUGGAAGCAGCUCAGAAUUUUCUAGAGCAAGCAGCAAGGACUAAUCUCCAUGAAUUUUUGCAAAGACUUAGCAGCGUGCUUGUUACUGCUGCUGCAAGCCCUGUUGCUCGUAUGGCAGCAGGUCUUCAGCUCAAAAAUCAACUUACAUCCAAAGAUCCAGACCUAAAAUAUCAAUAUCAACAACGUUGGCUUGCGAUUCCUGUAGAAACAAGAGAAUAUAUUAAGAAAAAUAUUUUUGGGGCACUUGGAACAGAGAACAAUAGGCCAGGUUCUGCACCACAAUGUGUUGCAUAUGUAGCAGUUGCUGAAUUACCUGUUCGUGAAUGGACUAAUGUUAUUCAGCUGUUAGUUAAUAAUGUUGUAAAUCCAAACAGUACAGAAAUGUUAAAAGAAGCAACUCUAGAAGCCAUUGGUUACAUUUGUCAAGAUAUAGAAAGCGACGUUUUGGUACCUCAGUCUAAUGAAAUUCUCACAGCUAUUAUUCACGGUAUGAAAGGAUCUAGUACUUCGCAUUAUGUUCGUCUUGCAGCUACAAGUGCACUCUACAAUUCAUUAGAAUUUACCAAAGGAAAUUUUGAGAUAGAGACAGAACGAAACUUCAUUAUGGAAGUGGUAUGCGAGGCGACGCAAUCUUUAAACACACAAGUUAAAGUAGCAGCAUUACAGUGUCUUGUGAAGAUUAUGUCGUUAUAUUAUCAAUAUAUGGAACCUUAUAUGGCUCCAGCACUUUUUCCGAUUACUUUAGAAGCUAUGAAAUCAGAUAUUGAUGAAGUUGCACUGCAAGGAAUUGAGUUUUGGUCAAACGUAUCUGAUGAAGAAGUAGAUUUAGCCAUGGAAGAAGGUGAAGCCUCCGAUGGUGGUCGACCGCCGGUCAAAGUAUCGAGGCAUUAUGCAAAGGGUGCUUUGCAAUACUUGGUACCUGUUUUGAUGAAGAAACUCACUAAACAAGAAGAAUUCGAUGAUGAAGACGAUUGGAAUCCUUCAAAAGCAGCUGGAGUAUGUUUAAUGUUACUAUCAUCUUGUUGCGAAGAUGCCAUUGUUCCAUUCGUUUUGCCGUUCAUCAAAGACAGUAUCAAAAGUCCAGAUUGGAGGUACAGAGAUGCUGCUUUGAUGGCUUUUGGUUCGAUUCUCGGAGGCGUCGAUCAUGCCACUUUGAAACCUUUGGUAGAGCAAGCAAUGCCAACGCUUAUCGAACUAAUGUAUGAUAGCAGUGUCGCGGUAAGGGAUACAGCUGCAUGGACGUUUGGUCGAAUUUGUGAGAUCAUACCAGAAGCGGCGAUUAGUGAGACAUAUUUGAAACCAUUGCUAGAAGCUUUGAUAAAUGGUUUGAAGGCAGAACCUCGUGUUGCAGCAAACGUUUGUUGGGCAUUUACGGGUCUUGCAGAGGCUAGUUACGAGGCCGCUGAGAGUUUGGAAGGGCAAAAUCCAGAAACUUAUUGCAUGUCUCAAUACUUUGAUUUUAUUAUUCAGAGAUUAUUGGAAACAACAGAUCGUCCUGAUGGAGCUCAAGCUAACUUAAGGUCAGCUGCAUACGAAGCAUUAAUGGAUAUGGUAAAAAACUCUCCGCGCGAUUGUUAUAUAACCGUGCAGAAGACGACGAUGGUAAUUCUGGAAAGAUUGCAGCAGGUACUGCAAAUGGAGACACAUAUCCAGAGCCAUUCGGAUCGUGCUCAAUACAAUGAUUUACAAUCGUUGUUAUGUGCAACUUUACAAUCCGUAUUGCGUAAAGUUACACCAGAAGAUGCUCCUCAUAUCUCUGAUGUAAUAAUGACAGCGUUACUAUCCAUGUUCAAUUCGAAUUCUUGCAAAGCCGAGGGUGUACAGGAAGAUGCUCUGAUGGCUGUAUCGACUCUGGUCGAAGUGCUAGGAGAACGUUUCUUAAAGUAUAUGGAUGCGUUCAAACCUUAUCUUUGCCUUGGUUUAAAAAAUUACGCAGAAUAUCAAGUUUGUUGCGCUGCGGUAGGUUUGACUGGUGAUAUCUGCCGCGCCUUGAAGAGCAAGAUGUUACCUUACUGCGACGAGAUUAUGACCCUGUUGCUAGAAAAUCUUAGCAAUGAUUCGGUUAAUCGUUCUGUGAAACCUCAAAUCUUUUCUGUUUUCGGUGAUGUUGCUCUUAGUAUUGGUCCAGAAUUCAAGAAAUACUUGGAUGUAGUACUUCAAACAUUGGCUCAAGCUUCCCAGGCGAACGUGGAUAGAAGCGAUUACGAUAUGAUCGAUUAUUUAAAUGAAUUACGCGAAGGUGUUCUUGAGGCUUACACUGGUAUAGUGCAAGGACUACGUGGUGACGAAACAAAUCCUUGUUCAGACGCUGCGAUUGCUUUGGUGGAGCCGCACGUACCCUUUAUCAUUCAGUUUAUUACAUCAAUAGCUCAAGAUCGUGAACAUUCCGAAGGCAACAUUUCAGCCUCGGUGGGAUUGCUUGGUGAUUUGGUCACUGUUUUCGGAGUAAAACUUUUGCCAAUGGUUGAGACUGAACCGCUUACAGAGCUCUUAACUAAAGCUAGACGAUCACGCAUUGAUAAGACCAAAACUCUGGCCAACUGGGCAACUAAAGAGAUUCGAAAGCUCAAGAAUGUUGCUAAUUCCACAUCUAGUUGAUCACCCCACGGUUGUACUGUCGUGCAAUUUGAUUUGACUAGAGAGCUAUCGAACACAAUACAAAGACAACAAGAUUGGAUGGUGCGGAUGCGAGUUGAUGGAUGUGCGUGAGUUUCGAAGCGAUGACGAUGAUGGGGUGAUGAAUCUGCACGUGUCCCUGCUCUGGCGACGGUAUUCGAGUACCGACACGUUGAGCACAACCCCAAAUGGUCGAGAAAAUAAAUACCUGUCUGCCGGAUGUCUGCCGACAACGGAUGAUGAGGAGUGCAAGUGGAUGUUGCCGAUGAAUGAGCCAAGGCCGAAGUCUGCCGAAAUGUUCCGGUGAUGCAAGUAUGCCUGAUAACGAGCCUGGGGCUUCUACCCGCGUGAUUGAGAAGUUGAACCUGAGGAAAGGACGACUUCGAUGGACGAUGUUCGUGGCCAGUGAGAGAGAGAGAGAGAGAGAGAAAGUGUGUGAGAGAAUGAGAGAGUGAGAGAGAGAGAGAGAGAAAGAGAGAACGUGUAUGAUUGUGAAAGAACAAAAGAAGUGAGAAGAACACGCAGGGAAACCAAACGAGAGAGAGAGAGAGACUGCAAAGCUGUGAAAGUAUGUAUUCUAAUAAUUGAACGUAAGAAUGAUUUAUUAAUUUGUAUGCGUGUUAGAUCGCAGAGAGUCUGUGUGUAAGUAUAAAAUAAAACUUCACUAUUGAAUGAGAGCGAUUAUACACACAUCGUCUCGUCGAGAAAGUUCAAUUAUGCGUAACUCGUUGUAAAGCUUCUAGCUUUUUUGUCCUCCUGUAGCUUUGUCAACGAAGCCCGCGAUCUGUUUCCGAUUCCUUGCUGAACGAUCACACCAUCACUCGUUUGAAGCAAUCGAAGCAUCAUCGAAUGACUGUUUUUUGGGGUAACUUGAAGUUAAUAAGCGAAAUAAAUGAUCGUCAGAGUGCUGGUUGCUACUUUGAUGGAGCGAAGUGAUGCGUGAGUGGUAGUAAAACUUAACGAGAAAGAGAGGGCGAGAGAAAGUGGUAUGAAAAAAAAAGAAUGAAUGCGUAUGAAGAGUGUCACGAAUGAUUCUCUGAAGAAAAAAAAAGGUUCGAAAGAUUCGAAAUACUAGUGAGACCUCUGGUCCGAUCGUGCUGCGCGAGAAUCUAUAUGAUUAGUUGUAGUAUGAUGAAGAUGAUGAUAUAUGAUGAUGAUGAUAAUGGUGAUGAUGAUGAUGAUGAUAACGAUGAUGAUAAUGAUGAUGAUGAUGAUGAUGAUGAUGAUGAUGAUGAUGAUGAUGAUGAUGAUGAUGAUGAUGCGUAUGUUACUUUUUCCCCCGUAUGUGAAUGUCUGUUGCUGUUGAUUCAUUAAAAUUAAUAUUUUGCUGGCAUAAGUUAUUGAGUUGUACCGAAGUCCUCGUCCGGCCUGAACGUUCGAGUAAAAAGAAGUGAAAAGAAAAAGAAACUAUACACGAUCCAGUCCCAAAAUAUAUUACACAUGUACAAUUAUUCGCAUAUAAAUGUAAUCCUGUGCGUGAAAAUAAUUUUAUGCGAUCAUCGUUAAUUCGAAUCUUUCGCGGCUCUCCAACGGAAUAUCGGACGAGAGUCUUUUCCACUGCCAUUAAUAUUGAAACAAUGCUGCAUGCGUCUUGUUCAGGCGUUCAUGUAAUAAGAUCGUUCGUUUCUUCCUUGAUAUUUGAUGGGCUCGAUGAUAUCGAGAGCUCGUUUCGCGUGGGUGUUCGUCGAACAGAUUCGUCUUCCUGGCCUCGCAUUGUUGUUAUUGAAUGAACGAUGAAAAAGAAAAAAAAAAAAUUUACAGCGAUAUCGAUUGCUCAUUUCUAUUCGCACGUUAUUCCGUAGUAACUAUUGGAAAAUGGAUACACGGUGAUCGCGUAAAAAUGACGAGUAAUUGAAUUUCGAAAGAAAGUGAUUGAUACGAACCCAACAUCAUCUUAUCAGAAUUCUUUUUAAGCUACUUCAAAAUGAUAAAAUCAAACGAGUUGUACACGAAUAUAUAGAUAAAUUUUGAACUUUGGACAUUGGACUGGGAAUAUUUCAAAUGCCUGGUCGCGCAAGGAUUACACAGCUUAAGAAAUAUGUAUUUCUUAUCUACGAUAUUGUGUUGUUUCUUGUUACACGAACAAUUUUGAAAUGACCGAGACGUCACGUCAAUUUAGAAAUGUCUCGGGAUCCUUUCCGAUACAGAUAUUUUUCUUAUUUUCUCGAACACUUCCUCGCGAAUUUCCAUUAGUUUCGCCUCUGCGCACCGAACGCGAUAUUUAGUAAGAUAUUACGCGAAGAAUUAAGCGGACGGUCGGGCGCUCUAAUAAUAUAAUACGAAGUUACGUCACGUGGUCGAAACGUGGCUGUCUAGUGCCAUGCAUUCCAAAUACUUUUGCCAGCGGAAGCACACUGUGACCGUUCUUUCGUGAUGUUCGGUUAUAUUUUAUAGCGAUUUCAUUCUUAACUAACACACAUUUUCCUUGAAUGCCUCGUUUACGCAAAGCUUUACGUACAGACACGAUAGCGAACAGAGAAAGAAAGAGAAAGAAAGAGAGAGAGAGAGAGAGAGAGUGUGUGAGAAUGGGGGAGUGAGAGAGGGAGAGAAAGAGAGAGAGAGAAAGAGGAUAUUAUUAAAACGAUGAUCGCAGCGAGAUUCGAAUUGAAAUCUAGGCUGGGGGAUGAUAUAUUCACCGAAGGAACCGCGUGGAACGGGGUAAACGUGUUUCGACGGAACAAACACAUAAACGAAACAAUACAAAAAAACAUUCGAGUAAAAAUGAAAAAUAAAGAAAGAGAAGAAAGAAGAGGGGGGAAAAAAAAAGGGGAAACAAGAUUGGCGUGAGAAGAAGAAACGCGAAAGGACAAAUAGGGAAUUGACGAGAAACGAUUGUAAUCUAAGAGACUUUUUAUUAAAUUGAUUAUCUUUUUUACGAUUUUACAUAUCGAAGGAAACCAAUGUGUCUGCUCCACGUCUGGAUAUAAAAAUAAAUAUAUAUACGUAUAUAAUUUUUUUACUGUUGCGAACGAUAUUGCCAAACUUAGCGUAUAAGGAAGAGAAACGUUUAUCUAGCUUUAAAAAAAAAAAAUAAUAAUAAAAAAGAAAGGGAUGAAAAAAGUAACGAAAGAGAAGAGAGAAAAGAAAUGGGGGUAGGGAUAAAAAUCGUUUCGGCGAGCCGCUCGUUACGUAGACUGGAGCCUAAACCUUGAUCUCUUUGCGAUACACAGCCGUACACACAUACAAACACAGACAAAUAUAAUACUAAUGCAAAUUCUCCUCCCGUACAUUGUUUUAUCUCGCGUUGGAUCCUUUCGAUUUCGAAGCAGAACGAAAUUCUCGCAAACGAAACACGGUGUCUUCCAAUCGCGACAAUUUCUCCUCCUACGAAAAAAUUAAAAAAAAAAAAAAAUAAUAAUAAAAAAAAUACAGCUUUUUGCCUUACAGUUUUCGUGAUGACGGGAUGCUGUCAUCGAUCUACCAAAGCCGAUAUCUCGAUGAGUCCAAAAAAAAAAAGGGAAAAAAAGGAAAAAAAAAAGAAAAAAAAAUAAGAAACGAAAGUUUUCAGAAAAAAAUAUAAAAAAAAAAGGAAAAAAACGAAACAAUGAAAACGGUUUAUUCCGAGUGUCCAAAGAAGAAACGUGUAAAAUGCCGAGGCGCAAAGUGUAUCCUGUUUUUCUUUUACAUUCCACGUAGCAGAGAGAGUAGAGAGAAAGAGAGGACGUAAGAAAAAAGAGCGAGAGAAGAAUGGAAGAACGAGAGAGAGAGAAAGGAUGUGGAUAUGAAAGGGGGAAUGUGAGGAAGAGAGAAAGAGAGAGGAACCACGACGGAGAGGACGGCGGUGCGCGCGAAUUUCCGCACGUCUCGAUAAAGAACUCGAUCGCUCGCCUGUUAUUCUGAUUCGCAAACAAUGCGUUUGAUCGCGUUCACCGUUCCUUACAGGCUAUCUCCGAAAUGGGUGGUCAAAUUUUCAAAAACCUUCUACCGGUCGUUCAGGAUGAGAAAGCGUGUCUCCUUUUCAAUACGUCCCUUUUUGUCCUUACGACGAGUAAAACGUGUACAAAAAAAGAAAAAUUUAGCUACCUAUUUUAGAAACAGACUGUACAUUAAUGAAAUCAACAUGCGACUAUUCUUUUCACGUAAUAAUAAAAACGUCUAUAUUCAAUGCGCUAUCAAAAAAAAAAAAAAAAAAACGAGGUAUUCGUAUAACGAACGAGUAUUUCGUUCAUUUUCGGUUAUCCUCUGGGUGGUCGUUGCGAAUCACAUUAUCAGGUCCGCCAAGAGGGGCAAAAAGAAAAAAAAAAGAUUUAAAAGGAAUUAUAAGGAAAGGGAAAGAGAGAGAGAGGGAGAGAGAGAGAGAGAGAAAGGGAAUGCGAAACAUGCGCGAAGGUAGGGAAUAGGGAAUCGGUGGAUUGGCCCACGAAAAAAAAAGGGCAAAAGGUAGGAAACUAGGUAACGAAACGCCGGCCGUGCCGUGAUGGAAGUAACGAGUUGUGAAAAUGAGGAAUACGAAGAAAGCAAAUUAUAUUAUAAUACGCGACUGUGAUUUUUUGGAGAGACUCUCGUGUGCGAGGGGUCGAUGUUCUACCCGAAAGGGAGGGUGGCUCUGGGUGAUCCAUGUCCUAUCCUAUCGAUCGAUCACCGAUCUCGACCGUAGCGGAUAUCGCUCUCCAUUGUUCAGCAUAAUUUAUCUUUUUAGUCCUAUUGUCUCUUAUUAAAGGAAGAAUGUUUCGCUGCUCUACGUUUCGAGCUAGCCUAAUGCGCACACGUAUACUAUUGUAUUUAAUAAAUAAAGAAGAAGAAGAAGAAGAAGAAGAAAAAAAGGUAAAACGAAGGGAUAUACGACGUUACACGAGAUCGUUUCGAAAGAGAGGGAUUUCCUUUAUAUACCUUGUGACGCGAUCGGGGGAACGAGACACGAUUAGAGCCACGCUCCUGGUAAGAAACUCAUACACGAUAAUAUCUUAUCGAACUAUUAGUUGUUAGCCUUUUCAUCGUCGAGACUCCUAGAGUGCGUGCGAUGCUUCACUAGGGAACGUACGUGAGAGCGUAUUUAAUUAUAAGAAUUAUUCAAAAAGAGGAAAAAAAAGAAAAAAAAAAAGAUGAAAACCGUGUGCAUUACGCUGUAUCAGUGAUGAUGUGCGCUGUGAGGUAAAUCACUAUUUACCGAUGAAGUGUGCCCUGUUAGAGUGUUAUCUGCGUAUGGAGAAAAAACGACGAGAAGAACGAAUGAAUCGAGAGAACGAGUAAAAAUGAUGAAGUGAGAAAGAGAGAGAGAGAAAGUGCGAGUGAACGAGCGAGAGAAAAAAUACAAGAGAGAGAGAGAGUAUUUAUGAUAAUGAUGGUUCGAGGGAUGAUGAGAAGAGUUGGCUCGUGAUUCGACGUGAAUCGCGGCGUCACGUUCGGGAAGGGACGAAUCGUCGAUUUGUAAAAAAAAAAAAAAAAAAAAAGAGAGAUAAAGAAAAAAAAUAAAAGAAGAAACAAAUGAUGGAAAUAAGAAAGAGAAAAGAAAAAAAAAUAUAAAUUUUGUAUCGUGACGCGGUUGUGAAGAUCGGAGAACCUGUCACUGAAUCCGUUGCCCCUUGCGUUUUGCUGAGAUUUUAGCGCAACUUAAGAGAACGAGAUCACACGUGGACAAAAAGUAAAAUAAAAUAAACAUAUUACACGAAUGGCAAUGAAGACGAUGACAAUGGCGAUGCGAAACAAGAUGAAUCUCCACGCAGAUAACGCAGAUAAAUUAUUUUUCGAGUGGAUUUCAGCGACGCUUGGCCCAGCGCAGUGUCUCCGUUCUUGAGAAUAUAUUUCGAACCGCGGUGCCGUUGUACGUACGAGACAAUAUUUUCGAUAAUAUUUUUUAAAUCGAACCGCGAAACACGAAGCCAACCCGUGUAGACCUGUUGUUGUUCCAAAGCAGAGAAAUUGCACGGUGAUGGCAUACGCAUCGAAGAUCGAUCGAUCGUGCGUUAUCUAUAUAGAGCUUCGUGUGUGCACCACGGUUGAUCCGUAUCUUCUCCAUAUUUUUGUUUCUGCGAUUUUCGACCAAUUGCGUCGGAAGAAAGCGUGCCGUUACCGUGCAUACCGUGUGAUUUAAAAAAAUAACUAGAGAAUUAAAAGAGAAGCAAACGAAAAAAAAUUAAAUAAAAAAAUACAAAAAAAAGAGGUGAAUAACGAGAGAGAGAGAGAGAGAGAGAGAGAGGAGAACAGGGAGAAAAGCAAAAAGUGAGCGUGUGAGAUUGAGAUUUUUUGUGGCGAUAUGUGGAAAAAAAGAGAGAGAGAGAGAAAGAGAGAGAGUGUUGUCGAAUGCUGCCGAUCGACGAUCGGACCAAACAUUAUAUAAUUUACGCAUGUGAACAAUUCGGGCGAUAAAUGUGGGUUGAAGCAAAAGCAAGAAAGAAAGAAAGAAAGAAAGAAAGAAAAAACGAAUAAACGAGAACACGAGUUGGAUGAAGUCCUAUUUAGCCUGCCACUUUGUAAUUUGCUCACCCUCUCCAAUUUAUUUCCUAGAGGUUGAUUUUUAGAUCGACCGAAUCACUAAUAAAAAAAAGAAAAAAAAGAAAAAGAAAGAAAAGAAAAGAUAAAAAGUAAAAAAAAAAAAAAUUAGCUGCAGAAAUUUGAAAAAUCCAUCAUGUUUUUUGGCCUAUUCUACAUUUAACUGAUCCAUUUCUCGUAUAUAAUAAAUUUAGCGUAUUUAAACCUACCGAAUUUUGAUUCAUACGAUCGCAAGGCGUGCCUUUUGAUGCUCUCGACAGAGUAAUUUCUUUUCGUUCGAGGAAAAGAUCUUACUUUCCACACAGGGAAACGAAAGCUUCGUUCAAGCGAGAAAAUACUAGUCUGUUAUCGUAUAAUUAUCAGGGAAGAUAAAAGUUCAAAGUAGAGAUUAAUAAUUCUCAACGAGAAAACUUUAUUUUAUUAUGCAUAAAAUAAGAAUCUUAGCAGUGCAUGCUUAGGAAGACUUUUUUUUUUUUCCACCGUUUCUUGGAAAAAUUUCAACGAUGAUUUGCCACGUGAUAAAAUAUUCCAGAUAGGAGAGGGUGCGCAUAUCUACGUGAGAGCGAGAUAUUUACGUAUUUCUUUCGUUUCUUUUCGGUUCGUAUCAAUCGUGUGGUUUGCGGAGCCUGUGUUCUGUGAAGAUUUUCAAAUGACAACGAUUAUAUGUGACACAUCGGCUACAUCGCUUAUCUGAAUGCUAGAGCGAUCGUGGAAUGAUUGGAGGACGAUUCUUCUGGAAAGUGUGUUCGAAGGUGUAUGAUCGGUCAUGUUAAUAGAUCAACGGAGAAUUUAAUUGCGCAGUGAAAAGAGGGAAAGAAUAAAAAUAUAAAAAAAAAUAAAAGAUUAAUGGAUCCAUAUUAACAAGUUUCAACGGUCACAUAAACAAAUUCAUUAAUUUUUCAUAUUUUUCGCGUUUAUAUCUUCUUAUAUCCCGUGUUAUCUGUUGAAACGUGAAUAUUUCUAUAAAUAUGUGUCAGCCUUUUCCUCCAAUCGUUAAUAUGGCUGGUCGUACUCUGUCAUUGUGUGUACGAGAAAUGAUUAUACGAAUCGCCAAGCGACAGUGCCAUACGAUUAAUUGAACGAGAGAAGUCAUUUCGAUUACUAACAUCACGAUUUUUAUCGUUCUGAGAGAAAAAAAAAAAGAAAAAAAAAGAGAUCGAGAAAAAUGAAAAAGAGAGUGAAAGAAUGAGGGAGGGAAAAAAGAGACCGAUGAGAGAGAGAGAAAACACAAAAAACACAAUUGCGUUCUGUAUGUCUCCUAUACGAAAAAAAAAAAAAAAAUCAAAAAGAAAAAAAAAGAAUUAUCAUGUACCGAGAAGAAAGCGAGAUCGUUUCAUCCCGCAAGAUUCGACCAUCGAAAUGCGAAUUGCUUCCACAUGUGUUUUCACAUUUGAAAUUUCUUCUCCUUUUUUUUUUUUUUUUUCUUUUCCUUUUUGUCUCCGACAAAACGAGAUUGUCCAGAAUAAAAAUUCAUUUUGAAUCUA